GGAAGCAUACGUCUUUAGGCGAACACCGAAAUCCGUGUCCAGAGGGCUCACCUGACACUUCAGAUAUGGAGUUAUCACAUAGCAAACUUGGGAUGAGAAGAGGUGAAAGGCGACAGUGAAGUUCGUCUGCUGCUACACUGCCUCUGAUGCGGUGCAGUUUUACAGACGCCGGGGACUUUAGUCAGAACUGCUAUCGCGCUGUUCAUUGUUUGAAUAUUGGCUGAAAAAGUGGAGAGUGCGCUCUCAAAUCCAGACGUCGCCUGUGGGAGAGAAAACUUCUCUUUUGCCCAUCGGAGAUCUUCCGUGCUUGGAUCUUACUGGAUGUGUUACUGAGACUUGGAGGCAGAGUUACAUACUUCCCAUGGAUCCAAACAUCCAGGGCUCCUUCCUGUUCAACAACAGCCUGAACCAGUUCCCCUCGGACCUCAAGGCACCGGUGUGCCAGUACUCAGUGCCCAACUCUUUCUACAAGCUCAACCCAGGCCUGAACAGCCAGCUGCAGCCAGGGACGCCUCACGGCAUCAGCGACAUCCUGAGCCGCUCCAUGAUGGGGAUGGGCUCCCCGGGCACCACCACCCUGCUGUCUGGAUACUCCACCAUGGGGGGCUUCGGCCCCUCGGUCACCAGCGCGUCCGUGUACUAUAACAGAGACUACAACUCUUCCCUGGGCGGAUUCUCCAAGCCCGGCGCAGAGUGCCCGAUGAAGGCUCGCAGUGUGAGCUGCUGGGCAGAGAACAGCUGUGAGUGGAGAGGAGGGAGGCAGCAGUGCACCAACAGCGGCGGUCCUGUAGUGGAGAUGUCGAGCAGGAAGAAACACACCAGGCCAACGUUUAGCGGACAUCAGAUAUUUGCUCUGGAGAAAACCUUCGAGCAGACCAAGUAUUUGGCCGGCCCUGAGAGAGCCAGGCUGGCUUACUCUCUGGGAAUGACUGAAUCACAAGUCAAGGUGUGGUUUCAGAACCGGCGCACCAAGUGGCGGAAGAAGAGCGCCUCGGAGCCGAGCUCCACGCAGGCCGCGCACGCGGGCCACGGCGGGGAGGCCUCGGAGAACGAGGUGGAGGACGAGGAGUACAACAAGCCCCUGGACCCCGACUCUGACGACGACAAGAUCCGACUGCUGCUGCGCAAACACCGCAGGGCGUUCUCCGUCCUGCGCCUCGGGCCCCACCAAGUCUGAGCCGAAGAUUUCACGCACACCCGCCCGCACACGCCUCCCCAGAAGACCUGCAUGCUGUAAUACACGUAGACGGUGGACAACAAGUUCACGAGCAUGUUCACAAGACGUCCAGGAAAAAUUAAACAGACGAAAGGGGUUGUAAAAAUGAAGCUCGAUAUGUUUACUUUUAUAAGUUACUGUAUAAAGUCUCUCUGGCCUGUUACACUGUUAUGGGAGAAUUAUGCCAUAAACACAAUUUUGUAGAAACCUGCAUGAUUCUGGUGGUAUACAGCACACUAGCCUAAUAAAUGAUAAAAAAAUUAAAAAAAGAGAGAGAGACCUGAAUUUAUUCUUUAUUAUUGUUAUUAUUAUUAUUUUAAACCGUUUGAAUUGUUGGUGAAUUUCAAAAUGCUGGUUAUAAAACCACAUGUGCCAUAUGUAAAAUAACUUUACAAAACGUUCCUAAUUCAUCCAUGAACUUAUAAGAAUAUAAAGAAAAACAAAUGCUUUAGAUUCUCACCAGACAAACGUGAUCCAAUGUCCUCAGGCCUUCGGUUAAAAUCUCAGAAAACACAUUUUAAAAUAGGAAGCUGGUAAAUGUAUAAGUAAUUUUAGGACAUAAAUCUGGUGACUUUAUUUAUAAAUAAAUAAUGUAACUUACACGUGACGUUCUCUCUCAUUGUCUAUGGAUGCAAACUCUUUAAAAAGCAGGAACACUUGUUUAGUAUCAUUUAAAUCUGUACGGGUGGGAAAGAAAACAGUGUUUGCGUAUUUGAAGAUAAAGGCCAUACAUGUUACAAUGAAUUGUUCUACUUUUAAGCCCGUACAAUGCUUAACCUGAAUGGUGACCUGAAUUUGGUUAAGCCUUUCCUUUUUCC